AUGCGGCAGAGCGUAGCGGCAGAAUACUGCGGCGUCGCAGCGGCUAGCCGAUUUGCUAAAGGAGCUAGCCACAAUAACAUCCGGGGAUUUAACCAGCAACACGGUGAGGAUGGGAGGAGGGAGGUUGGCCCGCUUCAGGCGUCUCAGGAAGUGGAGGCGCUGCUGGGCCUUUUGGUGACGGAGGUGAUGGAUGUGACGGAGGUGACGGAGGACUUUAACGCCUUCUUGGCACAUAUCGAGAAACAGAAGGUAGAAGACUUGCUGCUGGGUGCUUCAGAGAUCUCCCACAGCUACAACCAAAAGCUUCUGAUCAUGACCGACACAGAGAAAUCCACCAGUGACAGAGUCCAGCAGGAAUACAGCAUGGAUCCUCAUUACUCCGUGAAAGUCACCAAGGACUGCCUGUUCAACGACUCCUGUGUACCAGCAGCAGACGGCUACACUGUAGUCAAAAUAUUUGGAAGUGUUUCAGAAGAUGGACAAACUGUGUCUGGACUUGAUGGAGCUUCACUUGCAAAGCUGAUGUUGAAACCAUCUCUGGAAGCGGCUCCAGUUUUCUCUCUCGAUGGAAACACAACCACACAGUUCCACCAGAACUUUAUUCGGGUUUUUAUGCUCCGCGGCCUCCAAACAGUCUUAGAAACCAACCAAAACAAUCAGCAGAUUUACCAGGUGAUGGAUCGACCUGACUCAGUUUCCAGCUACAAAAUCCCACAAAGACGAGCUGAUCACAGCACACAGUAUGACCACCAGCAGAUCGUAAUGAUGGAAAAUGACCCUGUGGUCAGAAGAGCUGCUGAAUAUUUGUAUGAGAAACAUCCAGCAGUUAGUUCUGUCUAUGUUCUUGAUGAAAACCAAAGACCCAAACUGAUCCACGGUGAACCAGUGUCUCUGUCAGAGGACAGCAGACUGGUGCUGGUGGGUCAUGGUGAAAGAGACAACGCAGGAGAAAUGAGACUGUCGGGAUACAGUUCUGGAGAUGUGGCAAAAAUCAUCGAAAGGACAAACAGAGGCAGUGAUAAAAUCAAAACAACGAGUGUGAUCAACCAGCACCAGAGAAAAUCAGUGUCAACAACCCAGAAGAAAUAA